AGAGACAUCCGGCACUUCAAUCUUCGCUCAAGGUCUGAGUCUUCACGAGUAAUAUUUGCUAACCUCUGAUAGAUCCCACCAUUCUUUAUUUACCGUCUUUAGUAUCUGCCCCGCGCCAACUUCUCUUAUCAAAAGCCCCAAUCAUGCGUACCAAGGCAAUUCUCGAGCUAGCUUGCGUCAUUAUUCCCGUCGGACUGGCCACAGCAGAUACUAUCAGACCUCUAAACAGUGAUGGGUUCACUGCAGGCAUGCCUAGGCAAGCCGACAUCGGAACGGAUCCCAGUGGUUCUGCCGCCUUCAACUUCGAUCACAACGGCGUGAACUGCCAAUUGACCUGGGCGAGAGCUAACGGUGAGCGCAACGGCUGCACCUACGAGUUCCCCACCUCUCUCACUACAGCUGGCGAUACUUUCACUAUCGCUGAGAGCGAGACCAAUGGUAUCUUCACGGGAACCCUGACACGCGGCUGUGUGGAUAUGUUGAUCCGGGUUGACUCGGGAGAGCCAAGUGUUCUAGAUGGUCUGAACCAAGACUGCACGGGAACGGUCGGUGGAUCAAGUGACCGGCGGAGGUUUUGCGAUACCGGGAGCACCGCAUUGACUAGGUGCUGAAAUGUCCUACUUGACGCACGACCGUGAGGGGGGGAGAAGUUGGCUGGUGUGCGUGAUUUAAGAGAUAUGGUCAUAGCACAUAUAGCGUCAAAAUCCAAUUGCUGCCUGGACCGGCGGUUUGCAAGCA